CCAUGCGUGUCAGUUUGUUUCUGUGUUUUUUAGCUGCGCUUACGCAGGCCCAACGUAAUAGUCCUGAACGACGGUUUGAAUUUAAAGCAAGAGAAGAAAAAGCCGACGGCACCAUUAAUGAAAUAGUUUUCCAAACCAUCUCGGCAGUGAAGAAGCAGAUAGAUGAUCUGGCGCAACAACCACAACGUUUGACAGGAUCAAAAAAUAAAAAGAAUAUAAAAGAAGCAAAGGAUACUGUCGUGCAAGCCAAAAACCUCUUCACAAAAACUGAGAAGAAGCUGUCUGGGGACAUCAAAAAAAUAACAAAAAAAUGUGACGAACACAUACAAAAAGUCGUUAAAAAACUUGGUGCAAUUGGUAACACUUUAGACACAAAAGAUUUAAGCAAAGGAGAAGCAAAGCUGUUAAAUCGUGUAAUGAUCGAGGGUAUUUCCGUUGAAGCAAUGAAGUUAACAGGAGAUGUUCAAGAUCAUUUGAUGAAAACAUUGGAUAAAGAAAAUGCACCAUGGCAGCUAAAGUGCUGGUCGCGCAAGUUAUGUCACAGAAAUUAACUGACGCCACCAAAGAGG